ACUGAAGGAGAACAUGCUCUGUGUCUGAAAAGCCAAUACAGAAAAUACACACAGCAAACCAUGUGCCUGCAGCAUUACUGAAGUGAUUUUUUCAGCUCUGCUAAUAGUGGAAAGGGAAGAAAUAAAGCAAUGCUGCAGGCACUGACUGGACUACAGUUUCAGCUCAGAGGAAAGCUACGGGAUCAAGAGUGGACAGACAAAUACCCUCAAGAAGAAGCCCAUGCACAUUAUUCACAGUGCCAUAUGCCAGUUUCACAGUAUCCUGGGUUCAAUGGCUUUUUUCCACUGGGAACACACUUUUCAUCAGGCAAAGCUCCAGCAAUCUCAGAGGUACAAACACACUUGGAAAAUCAGUCUAGAUACCAUAUCCAGCAAAGCCAGAGGCACCAGGUGAAGCAAUAUCUGACCCUUGACACCAAGCUGUCCAGCCAGACCCUCUCACUGUCCCACUCCCACACAAUCCAGCCUGCAGGAGUGACCUCCAUUUUAAGGAACGGACACAUGCCUCCCGUCAGUGAUACUGGCACACCAGAGAGCCCUGUAACCAAGCUGCUGGCCCUUGGAGGAGAACAUGAAAAUGCGAUGGAAGAGGUUAUUGAAGACAUAAUCAAUAUGGAAUCAAGCUUUAAUGAUGAAGGGAUAGGUUGCUCUGAAACUCCUCUAUUAAUGCAAAGAACUCUAUCUAGCAGCAUUUUGGAUAUAUAUAACAGUGACCAGGGAAUGACACCAGCUAAUAUGGGUCUCACAAAUGCUUCUUGCCCAGCUAAUCUACCAGUAAAAAGGGAACUCACAGAAGCAGAUACAAGAGCAAUGGCCAAAGAGAGACAAAAAAAGGAUAACCACAAUCUCAUCGAGAGAAGAAGAAGGUAUAAUAUUAAUUACCGAAUCAAGGAGCUUGGCACACUCAUCCCCAAGUCUAAUGAUCCUGAUAUGCGCUGGAACAAAGGAACUAUUUUAAAAGCAUCAGUGGAGUACAUCAAGUGGCUACAAAAAGAACAACAGAGAGCCAGAGAAUUAGAACACAGACAGAAGAAAUUAGAGCAUGCUAACAGAAGACUUCUGCUUCGAAUUCAGGAACUAGAGAUUCAGGCACGUGCUCAUGGCCUUCCAGUCAUAUCUUCACUCAGUGCUGUAGAUUUAGCUGCACAGGUCAUCAAGCAACAGUCAUAUCCAGAGGAGAACUCUGUAGACUACUCUCAACAAAUGCCUUUGGCACAUGGACAAAAUUCUGAUGUUUGUGAUGGAUCUACAGCCUUUUCUGAUCCACUUUCACACUUCACUGAUUUGUCCUUCAGUGCAGCUUUAAAAGAAGAGCAACGACUAGAGGAAAUUUUACUGGAUGACACGGUAUCACCAUUUGGAGCAGACCCGCUCUUGUCUGCAACAUCCCCAGCUGCAUCAAAAGAGAGCAGCAGGAGAAGCAGCUUUAGCACAGAUGAUGGAGAUGAUUUAUAAAAGUAGGAAGGGCCUCACACUUCCUUAAACCACUUUCUAAAAGACUUAGUUGAGCGUAAGCAUGGUGUUUGUGCUUGUUUCAAAUACAAAUAUGGAGAACCACUGUGAGGAUAACAGGCAAGAGUUUAAAUCAGUCCUUACUUCACAGGAAAAUGAGAAGGACAUAUCACUUUGCCCAAAAUUCACACCAUCUAUUCACAGCUGACAUUUGCACAAAUCUUUCUUCACUGGAAAUGUUUUGAUAAUUGUUCCAUGACUUUUUACAGCACUAUGAAUGUGGUUACAACAAAAGGAAUAUCCAUGUUACACAAAUGUAUUCAGACUCUUCAAUCUAUACUUACAUUUAUCUGUUAUAAAGAUGAGUUAGUCAUUU